AUGUCUCGUAUUUUCAAAUUGAGGAAUAAUUCUGACCCACCUUUGAUGAGCUCAACCCGUUCGAGUCAUUCCGGUUCUCGUUUCGCCAAAUCCACCUGCAGUUCACACAAACGAAUAAGUCUUAUUGUCUCCCUUGAUCGAACGCUUCACGAAAUCGCUUCCAUUCUUCAACGUCGUUAUGGUCUUGAUCUCAAAAAUUGUCAGUAUUACCUUAAUGACCGCAUUCGGCUUCAUGGGAAUUGGCCUCUCUCUGCUCACUGCAUACAGCCGAGUGGAAUGGUGCAACUUCUACUGGAAAUUAAGUCCAUGCCAACCCAUAUCUCGUCCUAUCGAUUUACUCGGCUUAACGUCGUUGACAUUCUCUCUCCUGAUACUGAUGGCGAUUUUGGGGAAUCUUCAGCAUUUGGCAACAAAAUCAGAAUCAAUGAUUGUGGUGUUGCAAAGUCGCAUCGUUCCACAAUGGCAAGCCUUAACGGGAUGACGCCAGCUUUAUCAAGCUCAAAUAUCAGAUCCGAUUGCACUCUAAACUCCGAGACGUCUUCCGUAGAUCAAGAGUCUAGGUUGAUCUCAUCAAGUGCCGUAUUCGAAGCCUUUACUGCCGCCAACAGAGCCAUUGAAAGCAUGGAACGCUUUUCUACAGUCACCACCUCUAGUAGCAUCAUCAAUCAGAGCGGUGUUGCGCUGCCGUCGAGUUUUUACUCUGCAUCUCGUGUUGGUGCCUCGCAGUAUGGCUCGAAUUACGCCUUCAUUAUGGAGCGUCUUGCUGGCGGUGGUAAUGAUGUCGGCGGCAGGUGGACUGUCGAUGAGCACUACCGUCGGCUUAUGAGGAUGAACAGCAUCCCGAGCGAUCCCGGCCAGUGGAAUGCAACGCAGGUGGUGAUGUGGAUAAACUGGGCUUCGAAACAAUUCAAAUUAGUGAAUAACGGUUCUAACAAUUCCCAUCAUCACACUAAUGGAGGUGAUGGUGGUAAAUUGGCGAAAGCCUUCGAGGGUCUCCUAGGCGAAGACUUGUUAAGCCUUUCACUCAGUGAUCUUUCCGCACGGUUCAACUUCUCGGGCUCAACAGCCACGCCCAACUUAGCCUUUUUUACUCACUUCGAACUGCUCAAAAAUUGCCGCGAAGUCUGUGUUCCCUACAAACCGCAAGUGCAAUCCUGCACAAUACCGCAGAAUUCUCAGCGCGUCUAUCGUCAGAUAAGCAGAUCGAGGGUUCGCGGCUCCCGUAACGGUGGUGGUGAGUACGCUUCUAAUGGCCCUUCGUCCUGUGCUUAUUCUACAAAUAAUGGCAGCAAUGUGAUUACCCGUUUCCCUGGCGGCACCGUCAAUGGCGUAACAGGGCUGAAUGGAGCCGUCUUCUCGCCCUCCCUCCCCCUUACAAGCAACCUGCGUCUCAACGGCGGUGGUUUCCAGUCGCGCAUCAGCCAACCCUCUGCCCCUAGUGUACAGCUCUCCUACGGACGUCUUGCCUCUUCUUCUCCUGCCUCAACCCCCUCUUACUUUGCUUCCCUGCCUUCGUCCGCACAGCCCGGUUUUGGUGCGAAUGGGAGUGGUUUUUAUGGCGCUAGUGAUGGAAAUUCAUCUGUUCCGGUGACCUCAACAGUUGCUCCUGACGCCUCGGCUACUGUCACAGGCUUUCGUCCAGAAGAGCGCAUUUAUUCUCCAUUCUCCUCCCUCGCUGUUGACGGUAGCGGUGCUCCUAGCGUCAGGAAAUAUCGAGUUGUGUCGGCCCUCUCACCUCCUCACCAUCAUGACUCGGGCACCAUAACCAUGCCUUCUCUCGCGAUUGGGGGGGGAGGAGGUGGAGGCACUCAGUCGUCUGCAGCCGGUAGUGGUUGUCAGGUUCAUUUAUGGCAGUUCCUCUUGGAUCUUCUGACUGACUGGCGCCACCAGGAUGCCAUCCAUUGGGUCAAUAGGGACGGUGAGUUCAUGCUUGCCAACCCCGAGCGGGUGGCCGCAAUGUGGGGUCAGCGCAAAAACAAACCGGCAAUGAACUACGAGAAGCUUUCGCGCGCCUUGCGUUACUAUUACGAUGGGGAUAUGAUUGCAAAAGUGCAGAGUAAACGCUUCUGCUACAAAUUUAUCUGUGACCUCAAAACUCUCAUGGGUUACUCCGCUGGCGAGCUCCAUGAACUUGUGUGUUACUGUGCGGAAAAACAUGGUGUGAGUUUCAGGAACGGUGAUUUAGAAUUCAGUCGAAAAAGGGCCAUGAUGGAUGGAGAGGCCUGGUUUGGUUGUCCCUCACCAAUGCGUUUGCGAUCCAUGCCCUCGUCCAUGCCGACCAUUCUGGACAGUAUGGAGUCCGACUCAACUUCCGCCGAAGUGGACGUGAGUCCGCAUUUCUCCAGACCUGAGGAUGAGGGUGAAGUUAUAGAGGAAGUUGAUGAAGACGAGGAUGAUGACUCCUUUGAGUAUUGUGGUGUGGAUGAUAUUGACAAAGUGACUGCUGUCCUCCGAAUGGAGGCCGAUGAGUGUUGCAAAAUUGCUGAACAGAAGAGUCGAAGAAAGUAA